CGUAACCAUAGUUAAAAAUGAGGAGCUUGUCGAAAUGUAAACUAACCCUCUGUUCUUUUUAUCUGAUCACUUCUAUGCCAUAACUGCGUGAGACCUUAUUAACGUGUCAUAGACUGUGCUGCAGCUGGUUCGACGGUUGGCUGGAGAUCCCUGGCGGUGGAUUUUCGUCUUUCUAUCGUCCCGGGAAACCCUGAGAAGCAGCCGCAGCGUUUAAUGAGCUCCAUUCAUCUGGACCAGCAUGACCGAGGCGAUUUUUCCCGUCUUGUAGACUGACGUAACAAUAUUACAAUGAAAGGAUGCAUUUUCUUGGGCUUUAUGAAAGUCUCGGCGCUCGUAUAGUCACCAGGGGGCAUGCACACGUCAAUGCAGCGCGGGAAACAUUUUAACAUCGUAACAUUGUAACGUCGGAUCGGGGGAACGUUCGAAUGGACGUAGGAGCAGCUCCGCGGCUCUUCAUAUCGCUGUAGUUUGUGUUACGGGAGGUUCCUGCUGCCCCCAUCCAUCUCUCCGGCUGUUGUUGUGAAUUGAUCUAACAUGGCGACUGUACCCGUCUAUUGCAUCUGCAGAUUACCUUACGACGUAACCCAGUUUAUGAUCGAAUGCGACGCCUGCAAAGACUGGUUUCACGGCAGCUGUGUGGGAGUGGAUGAAGAUGAAGCGCCAGAUAUUGACAUCUAUCACUGUCCUAACUGUGAAAAGACCCACGGCAAAUCCACCUUGAAAAAGAAAAAGAGCUGGAAUAAGCACGACACGGGGCAAAGCGGAGACGUCAGACCGGUUCAGAAUGGCAGUCAGGUGUUCAUAAAAGAGCUGCGCAGCAGGACAUUCCCCAGUUCAGAAGAUGUGGUGGUCAAGCUGUCUGGAAGUCAGCUAACAUUAGACUACCUUGAGGAGAAUGGAUUCAAUGAGCCAAUUCUCAUCCAGAAGAAAGAUGGGCUGGGGAUGGCUAUGCCUGCACCCACGUUCUACGUCAGUGAUGUGGAAAACUACGUUGGACCUGAUGUUCCUGUGGAUGUUGUCGAUGUAACCAAACAGACACACAGCAAGAUGAAGUUAAAAGAGUUUGUUGAUUAUUACUACAGCACAAACAGAAAGAAAGUAUUAAAUGUGAUCAACCUAGAGUUUUCAGACGCAAGAAUGGCCAGUAUUGUUGAGAGUCCGCAGAUAGUUCGGAAGUUGUCCUGGGUGGAAAAUUACUGGCCUGACGAUGCAUUGUUGGGGAAGCCCAAAGUGUCCAAAUACUGUCUGAUCUGUGUGAAAGACAGCUACACAGACUUCCACAUUGAGUGUGGAGGUGCCUCUGUUUGGUAUCACGUACUUAAGGGAGAGAAAAUCUUCUUUCUGAUCAAGCCCACUUCUGCCAACCUUUCUCUGUACGAGCGCUGGAGGUCUUCCUCCAACCACAGUGAGAUGUUUUUCGCUGAUCAAGUGGACAAGUGUUACAAGUGCACACUGAAACAAGGGCAAACUCUUUUCAUUCCAUCAGGUUGGAUUAAUGCAAUACUGACUCCUGUAGACUGCUUAGCCUUCUCCGGACAUUUUGUCCACAGUCUGAGCGUGGAGAUGCAAAUGAGAGCAUAUGAGGUGGAAAAAAGACUGAAAGUUGCCAGCCUCACUCCUUUUCCAAACUUCGAAACAGCAUGUUGGUAUGUGGGGAAAUACUAUCUGGAGCGGUUUAAAGGUUUACAUAAGGCAAACAAACAGCCACCUCCUUACUUGGUACAUGGUGCCAAAAUUGUCAAUGGAGCAUUCAGAUCGUGGACUAAAAAACAGGCUCUUUUAGAACAUGAGGACGAGCUUCCAGAAAACAUGAAGCCAGCACAGCUCAUUAAAGACCUUGCCAAAGAGAUUCGGAUUUCAGAGAACGCAACAAAAGCCAUAAAGAGUGAACCCAGCAACUCAAAGCCCCCAGCAGAGGAACCCCCGUCUGCUCCGUCAGAACCAGAAGAGCCCACGUCCCCUGCCCACAUCUCCACCCCGCCAAGAGAUAAGCCAGCCAGGAAGAAAGCCACAAAGCCACCCAAACCACCCAAAAUGCCCAAGGCACCCAAACCACCGAAGGAACCCAAAAUAAAAGAAGGUGGCAAAAAGAAAGCCAAGAAAGCAAAAGAAAGUAUUUUACCUGAGAAAAAGCCCUCGAGUCUGGCAGCUCUUGAAUCCCAUGCAAAGGACAUCCUGAACAAGAUGGACCAGCCUAAAAAACUGGUGAAGACCGGGUUGAGUAUUUUGGAGAAGGAGACGAGUAAACCGAAUGACGUUGAUAAGUUUAAGAUGAUUCGAGAGCAUAAUAAGAACAAGACAGAGGCCAAAUGGAAAUAUAAGAACAGCAAACCCGAUUCGUUAUUGAAAAUGGAGGAAGAGCACAAAUUUGACAAAAGCCUACUCAGCCAUAAAGACAAUAAAUUUGCCUUUUCAUUGUCAAAUAAGAAGUUGCUGGGAUCAAAGAUGCUUAAGACGCAGACCAAUUCCAGCAUUUUUGGUUCAAUACAGAACAUUAAGGAAGAAAAACCCAAGCCUGUGAGAGACGAGUAUGAGUAUGUCUCUGAUGAGGGGGAGCUUAAGAUCGACGAAUUCCCAAUCAGGAGGAAAAAGAACGCAGUCAAGAGAGACUUUUCCUUUUUAUCAAACAUCAAAGAGCCCAUUCAACCAGCGAAAAAGCCAAAGCUACAACAGUCGGACAUGAAGAGUCCAGAUUCAUCAGAUGAGGAAUCACUCCAUAUAGACACAGAGGCCAAGACAGAGGUCAAAGGUCGUAACUCUAAGGUCUCUAAGAAUAAAGGGGGCAGUUCAGCUGGGAUUCUGGAUCUCUUGCAGGCCAGCAAACAAGUGGGCGGCAUUGACUACAGCAACAACAGUCAGCCACCUGCAUCCCCCAGCACACAGGAGGCCAUCCAGGGCAUGUUGUCCAUGGCUAACCUGCAGUCAUCAGACUCUUGUCUGCAAACGUCCUGGAGCAAUAGCCAAGCAAAGAACAACUCGCAUAGCAGCGCAGCCAGCAAGAAGCCGAGCAGCGUGGCCGGAGCGACAGCAGGCAACAGCAAGCGACCGGCCAAACGCUUGCCCAAGAAGACGCAAAAGAGCAGCAGCGUAGACAGUUUGGACAUGUUCGAUGACGACCAGGACCACCUGGAGGCUUGCUUUAAGGAUUCUGAUUACGUUUAUCCAUCUCUGGAAUCUGAAGAGGACAGCCCCAUUUUCAAAUCGAGAUCGAAAAAAAGGAAAAAUACAGAUGACACUCCAUAUAGUCCAACAGCACGAGUUGGGCCCACUGUACCACGACAGGAGAGACCAGCUCGGGAGGGGGCACGUGUGGCAUCCAUAGAGACAGGAUUGGCAGCUGCGGCAGCUAAAUUGUCUCAUCAGGAGGAGCAGAAGAUCAAGAAGAAGAAAAAGAGUACCAAAAAGAAGCCCAUGGCUGUAGAGGAGCCUCACAAACUCUCUCAGGACAGCAGCUCUCCAGAACCCACCCCGGACUCUGAGACCAAUCUGGGCGACCAUGAGUACAGCACUGGAACGAGCAAGACCACCGGCAGCUCGCAACCCAUGGCCCCCGGAGUCUUCCUCAGCCAGAGACGGCCUUCAUCAUCAUCGACAUCUCAGAACACCUCAUCUGUCCUGCCAGCAAAAGUCGAACGUGGGAACUCGACGGACGCCAAAGCCAAGCGGCUAAAGAAAGGAAUGGCAACAGCCAAACAGAGACUUGGAAAAAUCUUAAAGAUUCAUCGUAACGGCAAGCUCCUGCUGUAACGUGGACAAUGGGCGACUCAGACUUUCUCCUGAUGUUUAUGGACCCGUGGACUGAUCCCUCCCUCCCUCGAUGAGCCGGGAUGAGAGCGUAAGGACUGAAACGGACGGGAACGCCAACAGGAUCCCACAAGUUUUCAAUUUCUAAGAAGAACAUAGCUCAGAUAGGUUUUUGCCUCUUCUUUUACUUUAUAACUUUCAGAUAUUAAAAUGUACAGAAUACCUGCUAUUAAUAUUUUGUAAGAAGAAUUUGUCUUGUUUUACUACGGCUAUCAGUUUAUCAGGGGUUGCUAAUAUAUUAUAAGAGACAGUACAUAGCAGUCAUUCCAAGAUUAAGAAAGUAUCCCUUGCAUGUAUUCCAGUUGCAUGCAUUGUUUCGAGGGGGGAAAAGGGUUGGUGAGAGGUUGCAAACAAGAAAUUCAUUACGGCUUUUUGGAUGUGGCUUAUCAUUGUCUUUUGUUUUAUUUUUGAACAAGUAUUAAAGACAUAACUGGCGGGUGAUGGUAAAAUCCCCCAUUUGGAAUUUACUUUCCUUACUCCUUAAGCAAAAAAAAGCAUUUUAUACGCAUUACCUACAUGGACAACUGAAAAGUACUUUUCUGUUUGCUAAGCACUAUCACAGAUGAUAUUUAUUGACCUAAUAUAAUUGUACAUGUCAUAGGUAGUUGAACGCCAGAAGGCACUUAACAAAACUUCAGUGAAGCACAAAUAUGAACUCAUAUUUUUAGUAAUGUAUAACGUAACGGCUAUUAUAAAACGACAGCUUUUUAUUUCAUUUCUUUUUCUACAAAUAUAGGAAAAACGUAUGUUUUUGAGGGGAAAAAACUGUCCAUGUAUAUUUUGACAAAUCAUUAAACAUGCAUAUCGAUAACAAAGCAUAUUUUCACUAAAUUACGUCGUUGAAAUAUCUUAUUUUCCCCCGCUGGUCUAGCAAUUCAGCGUAUCAUGUGAAGAUGUCAUACUAAAGUUGUUAUUUAUAUAUAUAUUUUGUUGUUUUUAGACAUUGAUACUACAAUCACUUUUAUGUCGUACUGUUUUUGACAAUGUAGCUCUUAUUACGGUUCUGUUUUAUGUUACAAAACGCGCCAAAACAACGAAACACUACAUGAAUGGGAUCUCUAGCACUGAUGAUAAGCCUCAUCCAUGACAUUUCACUACAUAGGGAUACUUUCUCUCUUCUGUUUGUUUCACAGGCAGCACCAAUUACCCUAGAAUGAAAUAUGCAUUUAUAUUGCUUCACAGUACAGUAUGUAGAAUGUAGCCUGUAUAUAGCUUUUUAAAUGACUACUUUUUGUAUCCUUUUUUCCUUAAUACUUCAUUAUACAUUUUUACUAGUUUUUGCUAAUUACAGACAAAAAUAUAUAUAAAGAUAUAGAAAUAGUCAUUACCUUUGAAAUUUUUGGUUAGAUUUUCACAAUAGCUGAACUUUUUUUAACCAUUGUUUUGUUUUCAUUUCAUUCUGUUACAUUAGACAAAAGGUGUUGCCUGGAGAACAAAAUAAACAGUGUAACAUUUAUUCUCAUAUGGCCUUACAUGCAGAAAACCAUGUGUAUUAUGAUUCAUUUAUGACGGGGGAGAAGGAAAAAAAAUGAAAAAAUCAACGUUUCUACGACCAGCCUGACAUUUGAGCUAAAAUACCCCUGAUGGAUUUUAAAGUUAUUUUACUAGCACCUUGUGAAGUGUUUUCUGUGUCAGUGAUGUAAUUUAUUAAUGUUUGUAGCCUUUUAUACUUGUAUAAUUCUUAAGAGGUUUUGUUUUAAAUAUUUUAUCAGUCUGUGAGCCCCUUAGGACACUUCUAUCAUUAACAUUGGGCAAUAGUUCCUUUUUUUUUCGUCUUAGCAAAUCCACGUCUUUAUUGUUUUCAUCAAAUCAAGUGCAACUGCUCAUUAAUACGAAAUGUUACAUUAUUAUUAUUAUUAUUAUUAAGCAGCUAUUUUAAAGAUCCAUACCAUCAUGCCAUGAGUUUUAUUUUGGUAAUAGAGUAUGUACAUUCUUAACCAGGUUUACUGUGCUCAUAAAUUGCAGUGUUUUAGUUACCAAUGUAAAUCUUGUAUCCACCUUUCCGAAUCGAGAAACACUCAGAAUCUUUGUCAAUGGAACUAUUUCAGGUUUUUAUUUGUACAAAAUGUGUGUUGCUUUGUUGUGGUUUAUUUUUAUAUGUUCAAACAAUUAAAUGCAUCCACUGUUUCAUGGCAGUGAAUGAUACUUUUGUA